AUGGCGGAAUAUGAAGCACUGGUCGCCGGGCUCAAGCUAGCCAAAGAGCUAGAAGUAAAAGACUUGGAGGCCUUCAGUGAUUCUCAGCUCGUCGUCAACCAAAUCCUGGGUGACUUCGAAGCUAGAGACCCUACAAUGCAAAAGUAUCUACAGAAGAAAUUGUCAACCGGCAAGGCAGAGGAGUGUCUGCUUCCACAUCCACUUUCCCCUUUCCCCUUUCCCCUUUCCUCGAACCUUCUCGCCAUUAAUCUCCUUCCUCUGAGCGUAAUCCUUCAAUUCUUCGUCCGACUCUGGAACGACUAUGGGCAGCCCAUUCUAGAUGCUGCUGAUGUUGCAGGGAAGGUGAUAGCUCUCGCGGAAGCUAUAAUCCCGCACAACAGAGAUCUCAGUGGAGAAAAUGUGACAGCUCUAACCGAGGCCAUGGAUAAAUUGAAAGCUACGAGGGCUGGCAUCCUGGAAGAUAUCAACAUCGCCGAGAGAGAAAGGAGCAAGCGCACUCCGGAAGUCGACGACUGGCUCAAGAGGGUGGAAGCGGAAGCAGGUGAAGCGGCCAAAAUGGAAGAAGCCUGCCGGAAGAGGAAGAGGGUGUUGGGAGUCCCCCUCAACUGGGUCUCGAGCUACAAAGACGGCGAGAGAGCCACGAAGAAGGCUAAGGUGGUGGAGGAGCUGCAAACUGAAGCAUGUUCUAUCGUCGUCGCGAGGAGGUUGCCGCCGGCGUCGGUCCAGGAGAUGCCUCCAAUUCCCGGGUUGGUAGCAAUUGAGUCAACUGUGAACGAAGUCCUGCUCCACCUCGAUGAUGAUAGCGUGGGAAUCAUCGCGAUUAGGGGCAUGGGAGGGGUCGGAAAAACCACUCUCCUGAACCGCGUCAACAACAGUUUUCUCCCUGGCAGCGACAGGAGCUCGGAGUUCGACCAUGUGAUAUGGACGGUGGCUUCCAAAGAGUGUACUCUGGAGAAGCUUCAGAAGGAAAUAGCCAAGAAAUUGAGACUGAAUCUGGAGGCCCACGGACAGCCAGCGAACACGGUCCUCUUCGAGUACCUCAAGAGCAAGAACUUCCUGCUGCUGCUGGAUGACCUGUGGAGAGGCUUCGAGCUGGAGGAUGUGGGGAUCCCGCGUCCCCGCACCGGAGGGAAUCAAUAUAAGCGCAAAGUCAUGCUCACUACCAGAUCGCAGGACGUCUGCAGCAAAAUGAGCGCCGACGUCCAGAUCAAGAUGAAAUGCUUGGAAAACCUAGAGGCGCUGGAUCUGUUCAAACUUCAUGUCGGUGAGCAGACCCUCCGCUCUCACCCUGACAUACCUGACCUUGCAGGAGAGGUUGCGAAGGAGUGCAAAGGCUUGCCGCUGGCCCUCAAGACCAUAGGAAGGGCCAUGCGCGACCGGAGGGACCCAAUAUACUGGAGGCACGUAAUCGAGCUGCUGAAGGACUCUAAGCAUGCUGAGAUCCAGGAAAUGGAGAUCCUACCGGAGGAGGGUGAAGAAAGAGAUUUGUUUCGCAGAUUAAAGCUCAGCUAUGAUAACUUAAGUGAUGACACGAUGAGGCAGUGCUUCUUGUCCUGCUGCUUGUGGCCCGAAGACUGUCAAAUUAGGAAAUAUGAUCUUAUAGAAUGCUGGAUGGGUCUAGGCUUAAUCGAUGACUCCAAUGGGAAAUUGUUCUGGGGUCACGAACACAUUAGAAUCUUGGAAGGAGUGUGCUUGCUGGAGCCGGGUGAAUUUGAAGGGACGGUGAGAAUGCAUGAUGUUAUUCGAGGCUUAGCACUAUGGAUCGCUUCCGACUGCGGGCAGAAAAAUAAUAAAUGGUUGGUUCAAGCUGGUGUUGGUCUGAAGGAAGCAAUAGAUGUGAAACUGAAAUGGGUUGAAUCAGAAGCAACAGAAAGAAUAUCGCUAAUGAAUAAUGUUAUACAAAUGUUGCCCGAAUACCUUCCUGAUCGCCCGAGUCUCAAAGUCUUGAUGCUCCAGAGGAAUUGGUCUCUCAAAUGGAUCCCACCUGACCUUUUCCAAUGCAUGCCUGCUCUAACUUACCUAGAUCUAUCCGACACCAUGUUGGAGGAGUUACCGAAAGAGAUAGGCAUGCUAGUUCGGUUGCAGUAUCUUAAUUUAUCCUUUACAUACAUCAAAGCAUUGCCGAAGGAGCUGGCACGUCUUAAAGAGCUGAAGUACUUGCUACUGAGAUCUGCAGCUCGUCUCUUAAUAAUACCUCGUGGUGCGAUAUCGAAUCUUUCUAAACUGCGGCUGCUUGAUCUCUUUGGAACUAGGUGUGCAGGUUGGCAAGUUGGCGGUGGCAGAGGUUGUGGUAAUGAAGAGAAUACAGCAAGUUUGGAAGAGCUGGAUGAACUGAACUCGAAGGUGAAGUUGUCGACAACUCUUGGAAUUACGGUAAAUGCAGUGCCGGCCCUCCAAAUGCUCUCUAGGUUUGACAACGUAGUUACCCGGCGCCUCUACAUAAAGUGGAUGAGCUUCUCGGCGUGCAUUCAGUUGACACCAUCCAUCGUCAAAGCCCAACUUGGAAGCCUCAAAAUGUUGAAGAGCUUGCAGAAGCUAACGAUCGAACAUAGUGAGUCCUUGGUGGAGAUGGAGAUGGAUGGCGAGGACCGGGAUCAUGAUAUGGAUUGGCGACUUCCACAUCUUGAGGAUCUCCGUCUCCGUUACCUUAUGAAAUUAAAGGUGGUAAAUUGGACAAGAGUAUCGAUCUCAGAUUUUUUUCCGCAGUUGCGGUCUGUGAUAAUUGAAUUCUGCGAUGAUUUAGAGAAUGCUAAUUCGGUUCUGCUGCUCCCACGGCUCGAGAGACUAGUGAUAUAUUCGUGCGCCAAAAUGCAGCGAGUGAUCGAUGAAUCAGUAGGUAACCAUGUUGGCGGUAACUCGGCACCUGGCUUCCGUUGUCUUAGGAGAAUGACUCUGUAUGAAUUAGGGAGCUUGACUAGCAUCUGUGACCAGGCAAUCAGUUUUCCUUCUUUGGAAAUCAUUGAAAUUGGUCGUUGUGACAAGCUGAAGCAGCUGCCCAUCAAGAUCAUGGAGAGCAACUUGCGGAAGAUAUGUGGCGAGGAAGGAUGGUGGCAAAGCUUAGAGUGGCAGGAUGAGAACGUGAAAGCCUCCCUCCACCCCUAUUUCAGGGAACAUUAUAUUUGAGCAAGUGGCUUAUAUUCGAGUGGUACACUGGUAUUCUAGGAAGGCAGGCAAUGCUGGAGCGAAACGGAGUGGAGUGAAGGGAGCGUAAGCCCACUGAACGGAGCGAAGCGAAGUGACAGCAUUUGCAUGCCUUUGGGGCAAUAAUCUACUAGUAGUUUACUAGGGACGUUGAUAGGGGUUGGGGAUGCGGGGGCAACGCCCUGCAAUACAGUACAGGGGUAUUUUGGGAGUUCAAAAAUACAUGUAUUGGGCUAGGGUUAGUAUAAAUAUGUUGUAAGUUACACAACUUCUUGUACUCGGUUAUUUUGCUGGCACUGACUCAUGCACCUUUGUUGCAGAAGUACAUACACAUGAAAUUUGUCAUGAUGACAUGCAAAUUGAUCCUUUUGGCCUCACUUGGCUCUGUAGAUGUAUAUUGUUUAGGAAAUUGAACAGAUACCUGUAUUCUUCUUUCCCAUGAUUAAUAUGAAGAGGGGAACUUUCAUCUUCAAGAAAAUUGCUUAUGCAAUCUUUCUACAGGACAUAUUGCAAUUACUUCUAUGUCUAUCCUUUAUUUUAACCCUAUCAUGGCAAUUUCUAAUGCAACAUUUGUUUAAACUACUUGCAGGUCUCGGUCUCCAUUCAUUAAAAUGUUCUCCAUUUUUAGUGAUUGUUAGAAUUUUGUUGUAUCUGAAAGUUUUAAGCUACCUGCAGAUGAGAUCAGAUGUAUUUCAUUUUUCUGUAUCUAAUAUAAUGAUGUGAUUGAUUAGGAAUUCUUCCAGUAAAUGGGGAUUCCCAUUCUAUUUUCAUUCAGCAAAUUGAUUUGAAUUUGUACAAAUGCAUGAGUAAUUCUCACACUGCAGGGUCCAGGUACUACAUGUUUGAUGUAUAUGCAUAUUUUGUAUAGAUGAGUUUGUUUCCAUUUA